CUCACCCACCCACCUCUUCCUACCGAUCGCGAUUGCGCCGCAGCACGCCACCUCUCCUCACCCCCCUCCUCCUCGUCAUCCUCCUCCGUCCACCGUCCCCUUCUCCCUCUCUCCAGUAACCAACCAAUCCGAGUACAACUCAUCGUACGCGCGCGCACUUACGCACAGAUCCCAUCCAGUUGUACAAAAGCGCCGCCGCCGCCCAGCGCCCACCGCUCACGUGGAAGAGAGGACAGCCACGGGGACAAGGGUUUUCUCGGCUGCAUGCAACCACCUGGAAUUGUCUAGUACCUAAACCCUUCAUCCAUUCUGGCAGAUAUCAAGAGUUCAUACAGGUCUCGCACCUCUAAGUGGGUGUGGGUUUGCAACCAUUCUGCACUCAACUUAUCACUGCCUUUGGGAGUAAUCCCGUCAUACGUCUGGAGACUCCGUCGAGCACUGGAGGGUCUCUUUGUUGAUUACGGUUAAUUUGUGCCGGCAGCUGAGAUGUAAUUUUUUUCUUGCUGAGCCCAAGCUCUCUUCCAAGAUAGUCCUGUCAUUUAGCAAUGUGAUUGGAUUGAUUCUGUUUUUGGAUCUGGUGUUAGCUCACUUGACACUAGUGCUGACUUAUGGUUAGGUUUUUCUGCUUUUCAUCCUCUACUACACAACACAAACCUAAGGAGUGCUUUCUGCUAGCAGAUGAAACCAUGCUCACUUCUUCAAAGAACGAUUCUCGGGAACAGACAGUGAAGUUCACCGCUGGAUCAAAGAGCAUGAAUCAUAUGGAAGUUGAAACAAUGCUCACUUCUUCAAACAAUGAUUGUCGGGAACAAACAGUGAAGUUCAUUGCUGGAUCAAAGAGUUCGAAUCAUAUGGAAGAUGAAACCAUGCUCACUGCUUCAAAGAACGAUUCUUGGGAACAAACAGUGAAGUUCACCUCUGGAUCAAAGAGCCCGAACCAGAUGGAAGAUGAAACCAUGCUCACUGCUUCAAAGAAUGAUUCUCGGGAACAAACAGUGAAGUUCACCACUGGAUCAAAGAGCCCGAAUCAGAUGACAGAUGAAAAUAACAAUUCAGCUGCUAGUGUGCAGUAUGAUAUAAACUCAUUGUCUCAUCAAGAAUGCUGGAGAUCUGAGGACUGGAAUAGACAUGCAUCCUCUGAUGAUGAUAAGGAGGAGAAGGUUGGGCUCAUGCAGAAGAGCCAGUCUCUUGGAAACAUGCUUCAGAAGGAUUCUGAUCAUCAUGGUAGUGAUGGUAGUGAGUGCCAUAGUAUAGACCAGGAUCACAGAUGUCAUUGCUCUAGUUUCAAGAGCGAUACAGAUGCUGGUGAAUCUACUAAGUUGGUCAGCAAGAACAAUGAGAAUAUUUUCGAUGCCUCAUCUGACUUGAUGAGUCAUGGUGUUUAUGAACCUUCAGUUGACCAUGCUGUUGACUCUGACAUGCAUCACAUGUCUUAUGACCAAAGCAAAUUUCCAAGAUCACAGUCUGCCAUAUUCCAGAACAAUUCCAAUAGUGAUGUAGAAGGUUCUGUUGAUUCUGAGAGACUUGGCCCCCGUUGCAGAUCUUUCGAGGAUUUAUGUUCAAUGGAUGGUGAAAAGGCAGAUUACUUGAGUGGUGAUGAAACAAACCGCUCUAAAUCAAAUAUGGAUGUGCUCUGCGGUGGGCCUUCUUCUCCACAUAUAUUUGAAACAUUAGACUUGGAAGAUGGCUCAGGAGGUCGCUCUGAUGCCGCUGAAGGUGGGCAACGGUCCUCUGCAAGUUUAGAUGAAAAUUUUGUCAGGGAUGGGAUGCCAAGUCAUGAAUACUGGGAUGGUAAAAAUAUCACUGCUGACAACUCAACUGAUCCAGUUUCCCCCUACUUUCCCGAUUCAGAGCAUUGCUGCCACCAUUCUGGCAAGGAUGAUGUCGUCAAUGGAGCCACAGAUGAAGAGAGGGAAAAUAAGCUGUGGAAUAGAGAUAGCACUCUCUACCACAUGUCACUUGGCAUUGACAUGCCUAAUUUGAAGAAUCUGUCUGACUCCAAGGGUAUUAGUGAGGAAGCUGAACACGGUGGAACUGGAAUGAAUGGCGAUCAACAUUUGGACGCAAAUGAACUUUCUCCUAGAACUUAUAGCAUUAAAAGGAUCGAAGAUUGGAUCAGUCAAAUUGAUAUUGAGAGUGAAGUCAUUGUGGAGGAGCAGGGAGAAAGUUCAAGUUCUGCAUCAGCCAAAUAUAGCGAGUCGGUCACCGGCGUUUCUUCUGUGCGCCCUAAUGCUAAAAGUCAUCUUGGCAUGGAGAUAGCUUACACUUAUAUUUCAAAACUUACUCCUGUUUCUUCAUCUGCACAAUUGGCAAACCUUGGUUUGGUUGCAAUCCCAAGACUCAGCGCGUUCUCAGGCCUACGACUAUUGAACCUAUCUGGAAACUCAAUUGUGCGAAUAACUACAGGAGCACUUCCGAAAGGUCUUCACAUGUUAAGCCUGUCCAAGAAUAAUAUCUCAGUUAUCGAAGGCCUUAGAGAACUAACACGCUUACGCUUGCUGGACAUCAGCUAUAAUAGGAUCUCCAGAAUUGGCCAUGGUUUGGCUUCCUGUUCGUCUCUGAAGGAGUUAUAUCUGGCUGGUAACAAGAUCAGUGAGGUAGAUGGUCUUCACCGCCUUCUGAAGCUAAAGGUUCUGGACUUGCGCCACAACAAGAUCUCUACAUCCAAGGGUCUUGGCCAGCUGGCUGCAAACUACAAUUCUCUCGAAGCUAUCAACCUGGAUGGCAACCCAGCACAGAAAAAUGUAGGUGACCAGCACCUGAAGAAGUAUCUGUUAGGUCUCUUGCCAAACCUUGCUGUGUACAACAAGCAGCCUGUAAGAGCAACUGGCUCAAAGGAGGUCUCAGACCGUCACUCUCGCAAGAUCUCUUCUUCCCAUCGUUCCGACCGCAGUUCCAGGUCGGACCGUAAAUCUUCCAGGUUGGUGUCGGGCGCAUCUUCACGGCAUGCCCGUUCUGCACAUACUUCAGGCCAUUUGGUGAAGCAGCCGAGGUCCUGGAACAUGCCAACGGCAGUGCUGGGCUCUAGACCAGUGGAAUAUGUGGGCGCUGGGGAACAGGUGAAGCAAAUUCAGAUCGAGGAGAAGUCGCAGUGAGAUCAUUCAAGCACAGCCGUUGAACAAAAGCCUUUUGGACAAUGAUAUUCCAAGUUUUCCUGUUUUAAGUUUGUAAAAUAAUAAUGGCUCAAAACAGUAUGGUCAAGAGCGCUUUCCAUAUGCUGCUAAAGACAUUGGGGCUUUUUGCAUAGUAGUGUUUUUUGAAUAAAUUCAUUUGGGUGAUGUAAGCUUUGAUGUGGAACGGACACAAGUACUCUGGGAAUUGAUUUGGUUCCUUCAGUCUUAA